UAUUUUCCUCACGCUCUCUAAAGGGGCUGCGAGGGAAAGCAAAGCAAGGAGGCGCAACCCGCUGUUCUCUACCAACUCUUUGACGGAUUCCCCAAAGCUCUUCUUCUUCUGAAAAUCCUUGUCUCUCUUAGCCUGUGUAAAUCGUCAGAUCUCUGAACGAAUUUGGGAGAUACAGAAACGAAGAUGCAGAGCGCGGCGUUUUCUUUGUCUUCGCCUUCUUCGUUUCCUUCUCUGAAGCCGAGGAAAUUCGGUUCCAACCUUAGAUUCGAUCCUGUUCGCGUUUCGUCUUCUUUCUCCGCUUCCAAACGCCAUGAUCUUUCCGCUUCGGGCAAUGUCGUUUCGGUGCCUGCCUUGCCUAAGCGAUCGUGGUGUCUGUCCUCCUCCUCUGGUUUGCCGCUCAGAGCAUGGAACUCGGUUCCUUCUGAUUCCAAAGCGGAGCGUCUUGAAGUUAGAGCCACGGCGGCCAAGAGUGCCGGUGAAGGCGAGAACGCCGGUAAUUUGUCGCGGACGUUGGAGCUAGGAUUGCUGUUUGGUUUGUGGUACCUCUUCAAUAUCUACUUCAAUAUCUACAACAAACAGGUUCUUAAGGUCUUCCAUUACCCUGUAACCGUCACUGUAAUUCAGUUUGCUGUUGGGACUGUACUCGUUGCUGUAAUGUGGACUUUUAAUCUGUAUAAGAGGCCAAAAAUUACCGGUGCUCAGCUGAUGGCCAUUCUGCCACUUGCAGUUGUGCAUACAUUGGGGAACCUGUUUACAAACAUGAGUCUAGGCAAAGUGGCUGUUUCAUUCACUCAUACGAUCAAAGCUAUGGAGCCAUUCUUCUCCGUUGUGCUUUCUGCAAUGUUUCUAGGAGAGCUGCCUACUGUUUGGGUAGUUGGUUCCCUUGUUCCAAUUGUUGGAGGAGUUGCACUUGCAUCUGUUACUGAGGCCUCUUUCAAUUGGGCUGGGUUUUGGAGUGCAAUGGCUUCCAAUUUGACAAACCAAUCUCGCAAUGUUCUCAGCAAAAAGGUCAUGGUUAAGAAAGAGGACUCAAUGGACAACAUCACCCUCUUCUCAAUAAUAACAGUUAUGUCCUUUAUCUUGUUAGCCCCUGUGGCUAUCUUCAUGGAGGGUGUCAAGUUUACCCCGUCCUACCUGCAAUCUGUUGGUUUGAAUGUUAAAGAAGUCGUAGUGAGAUCUCUAUUCGCUGCUCUUUGCUUCCAUGCUUAUCAGCAGGUUUCUUAUAUGAUACUGCAAAGGGUAUCCCCUGUUACUCACUCUGUGGGCAACUGUGUGAAGCGGGUGGUUGUCAUCGUCAGCUCUGUUAUUUUCUUCAAAACACCAGUUUCACCAAUCAACUCUCUUGGCACCGGAAUUGCUCUUGCCGGAGUUUUCCUAUAUUCUAGGGUGAAGCGCAUUAAGCCAAAGGCAAAGGCAGCUUAAAAAAAUUUUGUUGCUGAUAAAUUGAGUCUGUUAGAUGAUAUGUCGCCUGCCAUUGAUUCAAAGACUUGUUUGUAGUUUAGGCCAGCAACAUAAUUAGUCAUUCUGCUUUUUUUUUCCCGGAAUAAUCUUAAAUUAUUUUUUGUGGACUGCCACUUAAUUUUAUCAUGGAGAACAAUUCUCAUCUCAA